UAGUUCAACAUUCACACGCCUCUCUUAGAAAUAUCCUAAGUUUUAAGCCACUUGGUGAAGUUUGCUUAAAUGCUGAAAAAUUCAUUCUUGUGCUCUUCGUCUAGAGUCUCAAUCGCAUCACUCACAGUAGUAGCAAUGGCAGACGAGAUUAUCUUGUUGGAUUUCUGGGCUAGCCAUUUUGGAAUGAGGGUCAGAAUUGCCCUGGCAGAGAAGGGUCUCAAGUAUGAAUAUAGGGAGGAGAACUUGUGGAACAAGAGCCGUCUGCUUCUUGAGAUGAACCCAGUUCACAAGAAAGUCCCAGUCCUGAUCCACAACGGAAAACCCAUUUGUGAGUCUCUCAUGAUUGUUCAGUAUAUCGAUGAAGUUUGGAAGGAUAAAUCUCCAUUGUUGCCAAGUGACCCUUACCAGAGAGCUCAGGCCAGGUUCUGGGCGGACUAUGUAGACAAGAAGGUUCCACAGCUGUAUCAUGAGCUUGGAAAGAAGAUAUGGUACACCAAAGGAGAAGAGCAUGAGGCAGGUAAGAAGGAAUUCAUAGAGUGCCUUAAGUUUUUUGAAGGAGAGCUUGGAGAGAAACCCUACUUUGGCGGUGAAAAUUUUGGGUUUGAGGAUGUGGCUCUGGUGCCCUUAUCUUGCUGGUUUUAUACAUACGAGAGCUUUGGCAACUUCAGCGUGGAAGAUGAGUGCCCCAAUUUGAUGGCUUGGGCCAAGAGGUGCGGGCAAAAGGAGAGCGUGUCGUCUUCUCUUGCAGACCCACACAAGGUCCAUGGCUUUGUCAUGGAGAUGAGAAAGAGGCUCGGUAUAGAUUAGAGAUGAAACA